CUCAACAUGAAACAACUUAUUAUAAAUCUAGUGCUAAUCGCAAUUUUAGCAUGUUGCCCUUUGGGUAAUUGCGCCGGAGAAUUUAUAUCUGCAAAGAAUAAUACAUAUAUUAUACAACCGGCCAGAAAAUUUACCUGGGACGAAGCUUCAAAAGAAUGUGACAACCAAAAUAUGGAUUUAUUGACCAUAGAAAAUGAAACGAAAGCGGAAGAGAUCAAGGAAUUGCUAAAGAAAGUGUUUGCAGGCAAACCCAUACCCCGUUUCUAUUUAGGUGCCAAUGAUAAGGAAAAAUUCCGUGAGUUUUAUUGGAUCACCUCUAAAGGCCGUGAACUCUUCACCUAUACGAAUUGGGAUAGAACGGAGCCAAAUAAUUAUCAAAAACUAAAUGAACGUUGUGUACAUAUUGGCUUUUAUGGCACCGAAUUUUGGAAUGAUAUUAAUUGUAGUCGCAAAUAUGGUUUCAUAUGCCAAGAAAGACUUGAUUUUAAUAGUUUGUUACGUUCAAUUAGCAGGGCUUAAGGCAUAAAUUAUACGAGGAAAUUGUAAAAGCAUAAACUACAAAUAUUUUAAUAUAAAAAAUUUCAAAAAUUUAUGUUUUUAAAAGAAAAAUAAAAAAGUUUCAAAAAAA